AUGAGGGGGAUAGACGAUGCCCACACAGACCGAGCGAGUCACACUCAGACUCCGACUCGGAUCCAGACUCGGCCCCAGUUACCACACAAGGUGUGGAAAGCAGACCUCAAAGAGACACAGGCAGAGGUGGGUCAGCUGAGAAAGAAAAUUAUAGAAGCGGAGACCAGAGACAAAAGCCAGGAGAGCCAGAUACAGGCAACCCAGGGACAAGUAACUGACCUGGCAAAACAGGUGCAGCAACUCACACCUUCCGUUACUACACUGGAAGCAAGGCACAGACGCUGGAACAUCCGGGUGCGGGGCGCUCUGGAACACAUUGGCGGAGACAAGCUUCUCCCAUACAUAAACCACCUAGUGGUCUUGAUGGGCCUAAAAAAAGAAGGCGACCCUGAGGAGUGA